AUGAAAAAGAAAGAAGAAUCAACAAAUUUUGAAAAAGAAACAAUCAUUAAUAAUACAUCAAAGACAAAGGUGUGUUACUUUCAUGAUCACGAUAUUGGCAACUAUUUCUAUGGAAUAUAUCAUCCUAUGAAACCACAUAGACUUUGUCUCACCAACAGUCUCGUUCUAAACUAUGGUCUACAUAAAAAGAUGGAUGUUUACAAAGCAAGAAGAGCAGACAAACAAGAUCUUUUAAAAUUUCAUUCACCUGAAUACAUUGAUUUCUUGGAGAGAGUUACACCUGGAACUUUAAAUGAUUAUAAAGAUGCUGUUAAACAAUUUCACAUUGGUGAAGAUUGUCCUGUUUUUCCGGGGCUCUAUGACUAUUGUCAGGUUUAUACCGGUGGAUCUAUUGAGGGUGCAAUCAAACUCAAUCACAAGAUGUACGAUAUCGCUAUCAAUUGGAGUGGUGGAUUGCAUCACGCACGAAAAGACGAAGCAUCUGGAUUCUGCUAUAUCAAUGACAUCGUACUUGGCAUCAUUGAACUUCUCAAAUACCAUCCUCGUGUAUUGUACAUAGAUAUCGAUAUUCAUCACGGUGACGGUGUACAGGAAGCAUUCUACCUUACCGACCGUGUCAUGACCGUAAGCUUUCACAAGUAUGGCAACGACUUCUUCCCUGGCACCGGUGACUGGGAUGAAAUCGGUGUGCGCAAAGGUAAACAAUACUCUGUCAACGUACCACUUCGUGAUGGUAUAGACGAUAGAAGUUAUCAAAGUAUAUUCAAACCUGUUAUACAAGGUGUAAUGGACUAUUAUAAACCAUCGGCCGUUGUGCUGCAAUGUGGUGCUGAUUCAUUGAGAUUCGAUAGACUGGGAUGUUUCAAUUUGACAUUCAAAGGUCAUGCAGAGUGUGUAAAGUUUGUAAAGAGUUUUGGAUUGCCUACUAUGGUGUUGGGUGGCGGUGGCUAUACCGUGCGUAAUGUCGCACGUUGCUGGACCUACGAAACGUCCGUACUGUUGGACACAGAGAUCAAAAAUGAACUUCCAUUCAAUGAUUACAUUCAAUUCUACAGUCCCGACUUCCAGCUUCACCCAGACUACUCUGGAAUACCAUACCGCUAUCAGAACCUCAACAACAAGCAAUACCUCGAGAAUCUCAAGAGUAAAAUACUCGAGAAUCUGCGUGUCUUGCAAUGGGCACCAAGCGUUCAAAUUCAAGAUAUCCCUCCUGAUGUUAUGAACAUCGAAGAAGAUGAAGAUAGUGUAAAUGAUAUUAUUGGUUAA